CAAAGUACCAUAAUUUUUCAACUUGUCACUGUCAGACAUUUAUAUUUCAGCCUAGUCAAAAACAGGCCCAUUUUUUGUAAGAACAUUAGGCACCUCUAAAUUACUUUUAGCCUCUUUAACUUUUAUUGGCCAGUCAGCAAAUGGCAGCUUGUAAACCAUGUGGGCAACUGCCCAAAGUUGGCAGACCUUCACCGCGGUCCAAAAUGAGUUGCCCUCCGUGUCCCUGUCCUCCGUGCCCACCUCCAGCUUGUCCGUGUCCGCCGCCAUGUACCUUACCCGUAGUCGCUGAUGGUUUACCAAAAUACGUGAUAAAUCCAUGCGACCCAAAUGCCCAAGCCCGACCGGAUAAAGGCAAAGACAAUCCAUUGUGCUGCAAUGUGUGUGUUCCCGUUAGCGUGCCUUGCCCUCCUCAGCCUCCUCCAAAGCCCAAGAAGAAGUGCAGAUACAUUCAACCGGCAAGACCAAAGAGUUUUGCGCCCGAGAGGAAGUACUUACCUCCGGAAAUGAAAAUGGCCGAUGACACAAUAUAUAGAAAGAGUUAUAUUCCGGUUGAAGGUGCGAAACCCAAGCAAAUAGUUCCGGAGAAUAACUUAUGUGUUGGUGAGGGAAAAAUAUCUGACGACACAAUUAAUAAAAUGUCAUACAAGCCCGUGAAGAUUAACCCCACAUGCCCCAUUUAUCCAUGCGAGCAUAAGCUUAUUGGUGAAGGUCCCAUGCAAGACAUCACGACAAAUAAGCACGACUACGUUCCAAAACCUUUUGUGAAACCUGAAGCUAUCCUUCCCUUCACGAAUUUAUACACAUCCGAUUGUCCUCUAAGCGAUAAAACAGUAAACAGAAUGUCGUAUAUGCCAGUUGAUUUGAACAGAGCAAAAGUCACACCAUUUCUUCCGACUAAUGCUAUAGAGAGGCCCACAGGUAGAAUGAGCGAUAAAACUGUAAACAAAAUGUCGUACCAACCGUGGGAACCAAUGGAACCCAUGGAUAUGCCAUGGGCACAAAGACCGCAGUAUCAGCCACCUAAACUCCGAAUGGAAGACAACACAGUCAACAAAAUGAGCUACCAGCCACCAGGUUGCUAUGUUGAAUGUGCAGAUGAUGAUCCAGAUUGCAUUGAUUGUCCAGAGCCUCCAUGUGAUCCAAAUCCGCCUCAGUGUCCAGGUUCCGCCGCCUGUUGCAUGCCUUGCUGUUGCCCCAGAGCUUCGUGUUAGGAUGCACACAUUUAUCAAAAUUUUCGCGCCUUAUCUACAUUUUCUAUAUGCCUGCAUUUUUUUCAUACCGUAUACGUCCUUGUACAACGUGUCUAUAAUUUUAUAUUGCUUUACUAAA